GAAGCAAAUACAGUGAACUAGAGAAGCAGCACCAGCCGGCCGGUAGAGAUAGAAGAAGAGCGAGAGAGAUGAACACAGAUAUUACAGCAUCGACGAAGCCAGAGUACCCGGUGGUAGAUCGGAACCCUCCUUUUACCAAAGUCGUUGGUAAUUUUAACACUCUCGACUACCUUCGCUUCGUCACCAUUGCCGGUGUUUCUGUCACCGUUGGGUACCUCUCUGGGAUUAAGCCUGGAAUCAAGGGUCCAUCUAUGGUGACUGGGGGUCUGAUAGGGCUCAUGGGUGGUUUCAUGUACGCAUACCAGAACUCUGCUGGUCGGCUCAUGGGUUUCUUUCCCAAUGAUGGUGAAGUAUCACGUUACAAGAAAUGAGAUUGUUCACAAGUUAGCAUUUGCUUUCCCCUCUUUCCUUCAGUGGAUGUAAUAUCCCAAACUUCCAUGUCAACAUUAUGGUGAUCAAGAAUAAUGAAAUUGUCAUUCCUGUGUUUCA